AUGACCCAUCUUGGUGUAUUCCCACUUCUCAGAAAUAUCCCUCAUGUCCAUUUACAUGAGAAAAGAGAAAACAAAACUCACUGGCAUGGGGCAGAGAUUGAAGUUAUAAUUGAGGGAAAUUGGACAACUCAUCGUUCAAAGAUCCUCCAUUAUAUGUGUCAGAUGGCAGUCAUCACGCCAUAUGCUCAGUUCCUUUUUAAAUUUCUAUCUGAUGCAGCAGACAAAAACUUAACAAUAAAGUUUGCACGGCGGACAGAUGUUAUGCCUCCUGUUCCACUUCAAACAAAGCAUCACCCAUCUGCGGUCGAUUUGUUACUGAUAAAACACUUAGUUGCAGAAACUACAAAGCAAAAUCUUUUACAGUUUCUACAACACGAGUUCGUGAAUAUAAGCAAACCACACGCUGAACGUUUUAUUGGAGAGAUGGGACCUGAUUUCAGUCCAAAAAUGACAGUUAAGCGCCUUACUUCUCAGCAAUUAGUUCGAAUACAUCAAUUAUUUAGGCAGGCUAAGUUUGAUGAUCCCAGCGGCAGUUGUCUUAGUCCUGCAGGUGAAUAUAAUUUACGCCUGGGUAUCAUAAAAGAGUUGCACCCUGAUAUGGUUGCAACACAUGCAAGCAGCCCUCAGGUUUUUGAAGGUCACCCGUUUAUUGUUGAAGCUGGGAUAAGCAUUGGUGGAAAAGAUGUUAAACAAGGUCUAAAUAUUUUUAGGUUUGCAAACAGAAUACCGCUUCUUUUUGAACAAGGUGCUGAUGUCAUCACAAGAACUGCUCAAAAAAGGAUCAAUUGGAGCAGCUACAAAAUUAAUCAACAGCAAGAUAAGGUUGGUGUCUUUGUGAGCAUUGUAAGUACAAAGAUACCUUUCAAAGGAACUGGAAAGGAGUACAUUGGGGAUGACAUAACUGAAAUAUCAUCUGCUGUUAUGUCAGCCCUGAAGCAGUGCUGUCUUCAACUGAAGUCUAAGAUUGUGAAGAAACUUCAGGCUCGUGAGCGGCAGGACAGGAAAAGGAACCUGAACAGAUAUAUUCCUGAUGUUGCAAGAGCGAUUAUGGAAACUCUGGUAAAAAUUGCAGAUCAAUCUCCCCCAAAAAGGCCACGCUAUGAUAAGGAAGAUGAGGAACUCCUUGAGAAGGUAGAUUCUCAGGAGGUGACAGAGAUGACAUUUAGAGACUGCUUGACUCAGCAUGUUGAACAGGUCGACUAUGAAAUGGCACUGGACUACGCCAUGCAGAGUGGAGUAAGCGAGGAGCCCCGAGAAGCAAUAUAUUUGAACUCACUUGAAGGAUCUUACAAGUUUGUCGACUUACAGAGUCCAGUCUUUGUGUUCAGAUUUGUUCCUUGA